AUGGAUAAUAUAGAUAACUAAAUUGUGAAUAUUUUCAAAAAUGAAAUCUAAAUUAAAAGAAUUCGCAAGGGUAUUACUUAAUUAUAUAUAUAGAAUUAAAAUAAUUGGAAAUUCUAGAUAAGAAUGAUUUCAAAAUUUCAUUGAAGCAAUUGUCUAAUAAUCUAUAAAUUAUUGUAUUCAUUUUGUAUUAAAAUAGGUUGAAAUGUAACCAGUUGUACAACUAAACUAAGGGAAACCAAUAAAAAUUUGUUUAUAUCUUGAUAAUAAAUUUCCAUUUGUUUUUCCAAGAGUUCAUGUUCUUAGUCAUGUAUAAAAGAAAAUAUCUAAUAUUAGUUAACUAAACCCACUUUAGCUGAUGGAAGAGAUUACAUAGAAGAUGUCUUACACUCACCUUGGAGUCCAUCUAUUUUAUUAAAUGAAAUCAUUCAAAAGUUACCUAAAUUUCUCGUAAAUCUAUGAUUCUACUUUAUUAUUAGGAUUAAGUAAGACUUUACAAAGAUGAUAGAGAACGUUUACUCUCUUUUGGAAAAUACCAUCAAGAAUAGGAAUAUGAAGGGUAAUUAGGAUUAGAAGAUGUCGAAUACUUUUAAUGUAAAGAAAUUAUAAAUGGAAAAUCUUAUUAAAAAAUAAUCUAAUUGAGCAAUAGUCAUAUUUUAUUCUUGGAAUCUUAAAAUAAAGUUUUGAUUCUCUGCCAUAAUUCACCUACAAAAGAUUUAGUUAAAGUUGAAAAAAUUGAUAAUAGUGCCUUAUUAACAUGGAAAAGUGAUGAUAAUUUUAGAUAGUAAACUUUUAUUCCUUCAAAUAUUGAUCUAUUUAUGGAUUCUAUUCUUCUCUAUAAAACUGGAUCAUCAGGAAAAAAAAUUUAAGAAGAAGAAGUAACAUUAUAAAAAUUUGAGAAUUUUGAAAUUUAAAAACUUCUUGCUUAAGUGAGUUAGAAUGAAAAAUUAUUAGAGAAAGAAUUAACCAUAUAGACAUUGAAUUCAUUAAUGGACUCAUAUUAAUAAGUAAAUAUUGUAUUAAUUAGGCUAUUGAAUAUUAUUCUGCAGUUUCUGAUGAAGAUUUCAAAGAAUAUGUUAACCGUCUUUAAAAUUUACUUGGGAGAGAAGAAGUCUAAAAAAUACUAUCCAAAAAAUUGUGAUCAUGCAGUUUUUGUAUAUGAAUUAUCGUUUAAUCCAG